CCUUAAGACCCAUAGUAGGUAAGAGCUUGGAAAUUAAUCACACCACUUCUCUUUUUCCUUCCUCUUCACAUUUAUAUUCCAAGCUUUCUUGUUUAAUCACCUCAACCAAGACAAAUAUUUAUCCCAUACAAGAUCUCUUCUGGCAUAGUUAGAAAAGACCAAAUUAACACAAGAAAUAGGUAGGAGGUUAGCUAGCAAUGGAAGGAUCAGGAGAAGUGAAGGAGGAAAAGCUACCGCCCGGCUUCCGUUUUCAUCCCACAGAUGAAGAGCUCAUCACCUAUUAUCUCAUUAACAAGAUUUCAGAUGCAAACUUCACAGGGAGAGCUAUUGGAGAUGUCGAUCUCAACAAGUGCGAGCCGUGGGAUCUUCCAGGGAAGGCAAAAAUGGGAGAAAAAGAGUGGUACUUCUUCAGCCUCCGGGACCGGAAAUAUCCGACAGGAGUAAGGACAAACCGCGCCACCAACACCGGGUACUGGAAGACGACCGGGAAAGACAAGGAGAUAUACAACAGCAACACCUCGGAGUUGGUGGGAAUGAAGAAAACUUUGGUGUUUUACAGAGGAAGAGCUCCCAGAGGAGAAAAAACCAAUUGGGUCAUGCAUGAAUAUCGCAUUCAUUCUAAAUCUGCCUACAGAACCACAAAGCAAGAUGAAUGGGUAGUCUGCCGUGUGUUCCAGAAGAGUGCUGGAGGGAAAAAGUACCCUUCAAACCACCCAAGGGCAGUCAAUCCCUUCACCUACAAUGUAGAAAUGCCCCAAAACCCCAUGCAACCACAGAUGAUGCAGCCUGACAAUUUUCAGUUCCCUGCAAGAAACUACGUCACCCCAGCAGAAAUUCAAGAAUUCAACAAGGUUUUCAGAGGUGUUGGCUCAACCAGCAUGAUCAACUUCCCAGUCCCACCACAAGUCAACUACAGUCCCGUCGGAGCGGGUGGUGCCGGAGGCAGCUGUUUCACCAUAUCAGGCUUGAACUUGAACCUCGGUGGCGGUGCUAUCCCGGCUCAGCCGUUCAUGAGGCCAGCACCACCACCCCCCGCCCCCGGAAUGAACCAACAAGACGUAACUUCAGCCAUGCUGAGUGCUGGUGCUGCAAUUGCUAGUGAUCAUCAGGCUGCAGCAGGCUAUGGAGGGGACAUGAAUAACGCAAACACAAUGAGUAACAGGUUCAUUGGCAUGGAGCAGUGUGCUGAUUUAGAUAACUACUGGCCUUCUUACUGAUGAGAAAACAAGAAGAUCUGGUGAUGUUUGGAGGCAAGUGUAUGAUAAAUUUGUAGGUAGGAAAGAAAUUUGGAGUAGUUGAUCAGUGCUGCUUUUUGAUUUGGAUAUUGGGUUGAAGAGAACUUAGUUUGUUUGAUGUGUUAAGGGUCUUUGUUUGAUAGGGGUCUGAAGUGUGCUAAAAGGAUCAUCACUUCAGGAGCUGCUGUUUGUUUUGUUAGAAUUUCCAUCUAAUUUAUGCAGCUUUCAAAUUUCAUAA